CCUUGCUCACGUUUGGUAAAAGCUAAAAGUCCAGUUUUUUUUUUUUUUUUUCUCCUCUUAGAUAUCAGUCAGGAAGACCCCAAAAGAGGAAUAAAACAGGUUUAAUUUAGUUGGAGUGGUGUGACCACAUCUAUGGUAAGUUUGAGCUGGAGCUAACGGUCAGUUUCCAUUACAGCAGAGCAGCUGGGUUAUGAGACACGAUCAACACGUCUGAUUCACAGGGUUCCUCCAGCUCAUAAAAUCUUCUGUGUCAAGAUAUCCAAUCUAAGAGCAAGGCUCCUUGUCUCCUCUCUGGGUUAUCAGACAGUGUUUUCUCGUUCAAAGAGAAGUUGGUACAGAGAAAGAGGGACAGAUGAGUUUCAGGGAUGAUUCUGAAGAUGGGAGGGAUCUACGGAAGCCAUUUCUACAUACAGGAAGCUGGUAUCGGAUGGGUUCCAGGAUGGGCUCUAGUAUGCUGGGCUCAUCUCAGGCUAUUCGUGAUAGCUCUAUCUCUGUUGUAGCCUGCGUUUUGAUUGUUGCUUUGGGUCCUAUCCAAUUCGGUUUCACUUCUGGUUACUCUUCUCCUACACAAUCUGCAAUCAUCAAGGAUCUUGGACUAACAGUCUCAGAGUUUUCUCUAUUUGGCUCUUUAUCGAAUGUGGGUGCCAUGGUUGGAGCAAUAGCCAGUGGUCAGAUAGCCGAGUAUAUCGGCCGGAAAGGGUCUUUAAUGAUUGCUGCUAUUCCUAAUAUAAUUGGAUGGCUUGCUAUAUCUUUUGCAAAAGUGAGUUCUAAUGAUUAUAUUAUCCAAGCUUCAUGUAGCUUGAUCAUUAACACUCACAACAAAGGUUGCUGCAUUUUGCAGGAUUCAUCUUUUCUUUACAUGGGAAGGUUGUUGGAAGGUUUUGGUGUGGGAAUAAUCUCUUACACGGUGCCUGUGUAUAUAGCUGAGAUAUCACCUCAAAACUUAAGGGGAAGCUUGGGUUCAGUGAAUCAGCUGUCUGUCACACUUGGAAUAAUGCUGGCCUAUCUGCUGGGACUUUUUGUUGAGUGGAGGAUACUUGCAGUUUUAGGAAUACUUCCUUGUACAAUUUUGAUACCUGGUCUAUUUUUCAUUCCUGAAUCUCCUCGAUGGCUGGCCAAAAUGGGUAUGACAGAAGAUUUUGAAGCUUCUUUGCAAGUUCUCAGGGGUUUUGAUGCUGAUAUUUCUAUUGAAGUGAAUGAAAUCAAGAGGUCUGUAGCAUCAACAACUAGAAGAACUACAAUUCGCUUUGCAGAACUCAAACAAAGGAAAUAUUGGUUUCCAUUGAUGGUUGGAAUUGGACUACUUGUGCUGCAACAGCUUUGUGGCAUUAAUGGUGUUCUAUUCUAUUCAAGUACCAUUUUUGAAGCUGCUGGGGUUAAAUCAAGCAAUGUGGCUACCUUUGGAGUUGGUGCCAUUCAGGUCAUUGCUACUGCUGUAACCACCUGGCUAGUGGACAAAGCAGGGCGCCGGGUUCUGCUUAUAGUCUCCUCUUUUGGAAUGACUCUGAGCCUCCUAGUCGUUGCAGUAUCAUUCUUUUUAAAGGAUGUUGUAUCUAGUGACUCGAGCCUUUACAGCAUUAUGGGCAUCUUGUCAGGAGUUGGAGUUGUGGCCAUGGUGGUUGCCUUCUCUCUAGGAAUGGGGGCCAUUCCUUGGGUUAUAAUGUCAGAGAUUCUUCCUGUAAAUAUCAAGGGUCUUGCUGGAAGCAUAGCAACACUUUCCAACUGGUUCUUUGCUUGGGUGGUCACAAUGACUGCUAACCUUCUUUUGGACUGGAGCAGUGGAGGAACCUUUACAAUUUACAUGCUUUUGAGUGCUUUCACAAUCGUGUUUGUGACUCUUUGGGUACCCGAGACAAAGGGGAGAACUCUGGAAGAAAUCCAAUGGUCUUUCAGAUGAGUUUUCUUCUCCUCGUUUCAUUUUUGCUUAGAAGAAGUCAGUUCCUGCAAUGCAAUUUCAAUUUUGUAAUACUCUCACAGAUCUCUAGUUGUAAAAUUUUUGCCUGAAACCAUCUUCCUUCGGCAUAGAAAAGGCAUAUUCUACGGUCAUCAUCUUUUGUUCCUGGCUUGUAUUUCUACGAGGCUCAAAUCUCAUCCUCAAACAAAUAUCUGCUUUGUGUACUUAUUUGAGUGAUUAAUUCAUUUAAUUUCUUUCUA